AUGAGACUUAAUAGAGAGAAUACACUCAUUGAGAACAAUCUCCAGCCAUAUGCCGGCUGCACACCAGAGGAAUGCCAAGCCAAAUUUGUUAAAGCAUUCACACCAUACAAAGAGUUCAUUGAACAAUUUCAAGCUGCUUUACUCCUUCACAACAUCAAAUUCUUCGUAGCCAUUUUGACUACAGUUAUUGGCUUAAUUGUCCUCUUCUCUCUCCUUCUUGCUUCAAGCAUUCCAAAUCUCGUUGUCGCAAUUAUUGCCAUUCCAAUUCUCGAACUUUUCUACUGCUUCGAUGCUCACAUCCAUGUUAAGAAGCUCUAUCUUGCUGAGCUUCCAAAGCUUGCUGAUAACGCUCCAGACCGCAUCCGUACACUUGAAGAAAUUUUCGCUGUUGCAUGGAAGCCAGUUCUUCUCAUUUGGCGUUUCGGAUUCUAUGUUUACGCUACAUUUGCUUGCCCGAACCCAGUUGAUACAAUAGCUUUCAUCAUCUUGGCAAUCAUUCUCGGUCUCCUUAAUAAGGUUGUUUGCUUCUUCGGCAUUUUCUCAUUCUGCCUUGUUCUUGCUCUUGUUACACCAGCCAUCCUUAUCAAGACACCACUUGGUGAGAAAUUAAACCAACUUCUUCAGAAGAAGCAGAAGCAAGAAUAA